AUGGCAUCUAAAAUGUAAGAGCCUCUUUUAAAAGUAGAGGCCCUGACUGACUUUGGGAUGACAGCAAAUGAAUUAUCUUAGAUGUUCUUUCCUCAUAAUAUAAGAGAUGGAUCAAGUUUAGAUAUAUUGUCUAGAUUUGGCAAGAUUGAAGGACUAAUAUAGAAAUUGAAAACAGACCCUAAGAGAGGAUUGGAUGGAACAAAUACCAAUGAUUUGGAAUUGAGAGUUAAAAAUUUUGGAAAUAACAAACCAGAAAUUAAGGAACCUAAAACCUUAUUAUAAUACAUUCUUGAAAAUUUUGAAGAUCCUAUGUUAAGGAUAUUGUGUUUGGCAGCAGCAGUGAAUUUGAUAAUAGGCUUAUGGACUGAAGGUUGGAAAGAAGGUUGGAUGGAUGGAAUGGCCAUAUUCAUAGCUGUAAUAAUUAUUGUAUCUGUAACAGCAGGGAAUAAUUAUGUCAAAGAUCAUUAAUUUAGAAAAUUAAAUGCCAUAGCAGAGAAUAGAAAUGUAAAUGUGAAGAGAGGAGGUAAAAUAGUGAGCACCAAUAUUUACGAUUUACUAGUUGGAGACAUCAUGAUAGUGGACACAGGAGAGAAGAUGCCAGUCGAUGGUUUAGUUAUCGAAUCAAGUGAAUUGACUGCUGAUGAAUCAUCUGUGACUGGUGAAACUAAACCAAUUUAAAAGAUAAUUCCACUUUCUUAUGAAAAGGAGGACUAAAAAGAAGAUACUAAUUCCUUCUUGAUCAGUGGCUCAUCUAUCAUUUAUGGAACAGGAGAGAUCCUAAUAUUAGCUGUAGGUGAGUAUUCUCUAUGGGGUAUAACAAAGACGUUAAUGACAUAAUAAACAAAAGAUGAUAAAACUCCAUUAUAAGAAAAACUAACUAUUUUAGCAGAUUAAAUUGGUGAAUAUGGAUUGAAAUUAGCCAUAAUAACAUUUAUUGCUAUGACACUUCAUUUAUUACAUGAUGCUGCUUUUAAUGAAUAUCCUUUAUUUUCUGCUCAUGCAGUCAAAGAAAUAUUAAAUUUCUUUAUUGUUUCAGUUACUAUCAUUGUUGUUGCUGUUCCAGAAGGAUUGCCAUUGGCAGUGACUAUUGCAUUAGCUUAUUCAGUUGAUAAGAUGAAGGAUGAGAAGAAUCUGGUUCGAUUUUUAUCUGCUUGCGAAACUAUGGGGGGGGCUAAUAAUAUUUGUAGUGAUAAGACAGGCACUUUAACUGAGAAUAAAAUGACUGUUACUAAUUUGUACAUUGAAGAUACAGAUUUCAAUAAACUAGAUCCUUAAGCAAUAAAGAGUUCCACAUUGUCAUUACUGUGUGAAGGAAUAUGUUUGAAUUCAAUUGCACGUCCCUAGAUAGACCAGAAUGGCAGAUUUGAACAUAUAGGGAACAAGACUGAAUGUGCUCUAUUGGAAUUAGCCCAUAAAUUUGGAUAUGAUUUUAGAUAGAUUCGAUAAAAUAUGGGAGAGAAAAUCAAGAAGAACUUCCCAUUCAAUUCUGAGAAAAAGUAGAUGACCAUUGCACUUGAUUUAAAGGGAGAUAGAACAUAAUUCACCAUAUUCACCAAAGGAGCUCCAGAUGUCCUUUUAGAUAAAUGUUCUUAUUAUAUUAAUGCUGAAGGAAGACCUGUUGUCAUCACUAAUGAUUAUAAAUAGAAGAUAAAUGCAGUCAUUUAAAAGUACGCCUCUCAAUCCCUGAGAUCAAUUCUUCUAUUAUAUAGGGAGAUUAUGUUAUAAGGCAGACCUACAGAACCAGAAGACUUUAACAAUAUUGAAGACACAAUAGAUAAAUAAUAUACUAUAAUUGGAGUCACUGGAUUGCAAGAUCCCUUAAAAACAGGUAUAGUUAAGGCAGUUUAGUAAUGCAAAGAGGCAGGAGUUAUUGUACGAAUGGUCACUGGUGAUAACUUUCAUACAGCAGUGGCAAUUUCUAAAUAGGCAGGAAUAUUACCAUAAAAUUAUGAUCAUAAUGUUGAUUCAUUGGCAGUUUUGGAAGGAAAAACAUUUAGAAAGUUGGUAGAAGGAUUGGUUUAUGAAAAAGUAGGUAAUUCAGUUAUUCACAAAGUCAAAAAUCUUUAAAACUUUACAUUAAUUACAAAUGAAUUGAGAGUGUUGGCUAGAUCAUCUCCUGAAGAUAAAUUCUUAUUAGUAACUGGGUUGAAACAACUCGAAAAUGUUGUGGCUGUAACAGGAGAUGGACCUAAUGAUGCCUCUGCAUUAAAAAAAGCAGAUGUUGGUUUUGCUAUGGGUAUUUAAGGGACUGUAGUAGCAAAAGAGGCUGCUGGCAUUAUACUUUUAGAUGACAAUUUUGCAUCUAUAGUGACUGCUAUGAAAUGGGGUAGAAACAUAUUUGAUUGCAUAAGAAAGUUUCUAGUAUUUUAGGUCACUGUAAAUGUUGUGGCUGUCUCGAUGGCCUUUUUGGGAGGAGUCUUUUUGAAGGAAUCACCUCUUACAAGUAUUCAGAUGUUGUGGGUCAAUCUUAUAAUGGAUACUUUGGCUUCUCUUGCAUUAGCUACGGAACCACCUACUGAUGAAUUACUAACACGUAAGCCAUAUGGUAGAAAAGAACAUAUGAUCACACCAGGAAUGUGGAGAAGCAUCAUUUGUCAGGCAGCAUUUUAAUUAUUUGUUCUCUUAAUCAUCUUAAUCAAAGGGGAUUCAAUGUUCGGAAUUGAAUCCAGCAGAGGACAUAGACUUGAUGAAGAAUAUAAUCCUAUAUUUUAGGAACAUUACACAAUCUUCUUCCACAUUUUUGUAUUUCUACAAGUUUUUAAUGAAAUCAAUGCCAGAAAAUUAAAAAAAACAGAAUUAAAUGUAUUCGAAGGAUUCUUCAACAAUUGGCUCUUUCUCUCUGUCAUUAUUGGAACCAUUGUUGUUUAAAUUCUCAUUGUGGAAUUUGGAGGAAAGGCUGUUAAAGUCACUCCCUUGGAUUUUGGCCAUCAUUUAAUCUGUAUUCUAAUUGGAAUGUGCAGUUUGGGAAUUGGCUAUUUAAUCAAAUAGAUACCAGAUCAAUACUUUUAGUCUAUUGAGUUAUUCCGUGAAUAGAUUCCCACAGAAGCUGAUCCUAACACUAUUGAGGGCAAACUUAAGAAACCAUCGACAUUCUUGAGAAAAAAGAGACAAAUUGAGGGCAAACAACUCAUAAAAACUAAUUAAGAGAUUGAAAUGAAUUCAGGUCAAAGCAACUUUAAAUUAAAAUGAAUUAUUUUAUACUAUUUUACAGUUAAUAUUUAAUAAUAACCA